CAGCCAAAGGCCGAGAACAAGCCGGUCUCUCUCAUUAUCACUCCUUGGCAGGCGGCACCCAAGAGGCCCAAGAUGAACGCUGCCGCCUUCUCUAGCAACAUGAGGAUCAAAUUGCCUGUGGUGGCCCUUUUUUUGGAGUCUGCCAUUAUUGUUUUAUUUGCGGUGUUUGUUAGAUACUCUCCAGCCGAUGUGAGCAGGACCGCUGAUCUUCACUUAUACCCUCUCUUUCAGGAUAUUCAUGUGAUGAUAUUUAUUGGCUUUGGUUUCUUGAUGACUUUCCUGAAGAAAUAUGGCUUCAGUAGUGUUGGUAUGAACAUGCUCAUUGCUGCCUUGGGGCUCCAGUGGGGCAUCCUCAUGCAGGGAUUUUGGCAUUUGAGCAACAACACAAUCCAUCUUGGCAUUAGAAGUAUUAUCAACGCAGACUUCAGCACAGCAACAGUCCUGAUCUCGUUUGGAGCCGUCUUGGGGAAAACGAGCCCUGUUCAGAUGCUGAUCAUGACCGUUUUCGAAAUCACCAUCUUUGCAUGCAAUGAGUACCUCGUCACGCAUGUAUUCGAGGCUUUUGAUAUUGGAGCAUCCAUGACUAUUCAUCUGUUUGGAGCCUACUUUGGUCUGGCUGCAUCCCGACUCUUAUACCGCCCAGGUCUGAAGGGUGGGCAUGAAAAUAAUGGUUCUUCCUACCAUUCAGAUAUAUUUGCUAUGAUUGGUACCUUGUUUCUGUGGCUCUUCUGGCCCAGUUUUAAUUCGGCGAUGGCAGCUCCAGGAAAUCAGCAAAUUGCCAUCCUCAACACGUACUUCUCUCUGGCGGCCUGCACACUUACCGCUUUUGCCCUCUCCAGCCUGUUCGAAAAGAGGGGCAAACUGGAUAUGGUGCACAUUCAAAACGCGACCUUAGCUGGAGGAGUCGCCGUGGGUUCUUGCGCUGAUCUGGAAAUCCAGCCCUUCGGGGCCAUGUUAAUCGGGAGCAUCGCUGGGAUUAUCUCGGUUGUGGGAUUCAAAUUCCUAACUCCAAUUGUUGCUUCAUUCCUGAGAAUUGAAGACACCUGCGGAGUCCACAACCUGCACGGCUUACCUGGCAUUCUCGGGGGCAUUGCAAGCAUAAUUGCUGCUGCAGUACAGGUUAACACAGAGUUCCACCCCAAAUCUGAAGGGGUUUCCCAAUCUGGCAACAGCACAACUCCGCAUCCCCCGCUGGUGGCCAGGGAGGACCCGGCCUUCCCAACUAAAGGUUUAAUCUUAGAGAUAAGGGAGCUGUUUGGCCCGUAG